UUGACCCCAACUGUUGAUUAGCCAUCUCACACUCCCUUAAAUCUCCUCAAUAAUCUCUCACCUUUCUUAAUUCCACACCAAUGGCUUCCCAUCAAGAAUCCUCUGCCCUCCUAUCCACCGCCGGCCCCAGGAAAACCGCCGCUUCAACACUCGUAUUCAUCUCCCUCGCCAUCACCACCGCCGUCGCUCUCUCCGCCGCCGCGGCAUUCUCCUUCCUUUUCUUCUCUUCCUCUUCAUCUCCCAGCCCCCAUUCCACCGAGGCCCUCUCCUCCCGGCCCCUCUCCAAGCUCAAACACCCCGUCGUCCUAAUCAUCUCCUCCGACGGCUUCCGCUUCGGCUACCAAUUCAAAACCGAUCUCCCCAACAUCAAUCGCCUCAUCCGCAACGGCACCGCAGCCGAGCUCGGCCUAAUUCCGGUCUUCCCAACCCUAACUUUCCCCAAUCACUACUCCAUCGUCACCGGAUUGUACCCUCCCUACCACGGCAUCAUCAACAAUUAUUUCACCGAUCCAAUCGACGGCCAGGUUUUCAAUAUGGGCAGCCACGAGCCGAAGUGGUGGCUGGGCGAGCCCCUCUGGGAGACCGUCUCGAAUCACGGAUUGAAAGCCUCCACCUAUUUCUGGCCCGGCUCUGAGGUACACAAGGGGUCUUGGAAUUGCCCUAGCAAUUACUGUAUGCCUUACAAUGAAUCUGUUCCAUUUGAAGAAAGAGUUGAUACAGUUCUUAGCUACUUCGAUUUGCCUAGUGAUCAAAUUCCCUCGUUUAUGACCUUGUAUUUCGAGGAUCCUGAUCAUCAGGGCCACCAGUACGGCCCUGAUGAUGUCCGGAUUACUAAUGCUGUUGUUGAGAUUGAUGCAUUGAUGGGGAGAUUGAUUCGUGGAAUGGAGGAAAGAGGAGUUUUUCAGGAUGUGAAUAUAAUCUUGCUAGGUGAUCAUGGUAUGGCUGGCACUUGUGACAAAAGAGUCAUAGCUUUAGAUGAUCUUGCUGAAUGGGUUAAAAUCCCGAAAGAAUGGGUGCAGUCUUACACUCCGCUGCUGUCAAUCCGCCCGCCUCCUGGCUACUCCACGAGCGAUAUUGUUGCUAAAAUGAACGAGGGGUUGGAGUCGGGUAGAGUGGGGAAUGGUGAGUUCUUGAGAGUUUAUCUCAAGGAGGACUUGCCUAGUAGGCUGCAUUACUCGGAUAGUUAUAGGAUUCCGCCUAUAGUGGGAUUGGUCGGGGAGGGGUUCACGGUGAAGCAGACGAGAUCAAGUGGGCAGGAAUGUGGUGGAGCUCACGGAUACGACAAUGCAUUCUUCUCGAUGAGGACUAUAUUCAUUGCUCAUGGGCCGCGAUUUGCGAGGGGGAGGAAAGUGCCAUCUUUUGAGAAUGUGCAGAUAUAUAACAUGGUUACUAGAAUCUUGAAAAUUGAUGGAGCCUCCAAUAAUGGUUCAGUGUCAUUUGCAGACGCUGUUGUUUUGCCUACUCACUCAAAUUUGGAGUGAUGACUGCAAUUAACAACACUGGUAUUUGCAAGUUCAUGUAGUCAUCAAGUCUUUGUUGUAUGAUUAAGUGAAUAAUGGUGUUGGUUUUUAUCA